AUGUCUGAAUCCUUCGAACAAUUGGAUCCAAACUAUGUCAUUGCUUUCGAAUACUCUGUAGACAAUUUAACUCAAUUGAUUACUGAGCUAUCUGCAAAGGGGUUGCAUGUACUGCCAAGACCAGGCUACGAUAAGUCAACUGUAUAUGCCUUCACUAGGGUUGAGGAGCGCGAUUUCCAGAACAAUGUUGAACGUAAUGGUAAGACUGUUUUGGAGACCAACGAAGAAUCUGGAGAUGCAAUUUUGAGAAAGAUCUGUGAGCCAUUGAAUUUUGUCAAAUCCAUCACUCCAAUUCAUGACUUCGAAACCCGUAAGAGGCUGGACAAAACAGCGACUUCUUUGAUAAGCAAACCUUUUUUGUUGCCAUCAGAUCAUGAUCUGGUUUUGCUUGAACGUUUGACGAGGAAUCCAAGACAGGCGCUUUAUUUUGCAUACUUUAGAAGAUACAUUAUCUGGUUAUUGCCGCUAUCUUUCGUUGGUGCGUUCACCGGAUUGAUUCGCCCUUCAACGCCUUGGGAAUUCAAUAUACCUUAUACUCUAACUCUAAUAGUUUGGGCCUUGCUUUUUGCAAGCUCAUGGGUGUACAAAGCUCAUGCAGCUUAUGGAGCAAAGUUCGGUAAAGUGCAAAGUAUAACUGAGACCAGUGAAAGAAAGUUGAGUCCACCAUCUAUCGUAUUAUGGAAGAAAUUAUGCUUCGUACCAGUUGCAGCAGUUUUCGUCGCUUCAUUAGUCGCUUUCCAAUUUUUCUGUUUCUUUAUCGAGAUUUACGUCACACAAUUCUACGCUGGUCCACUCAAGUCGAUAUUCUCAUUAAUUCCAACUGUGCUCAUCUGCUCCUACAUUCCGAUCCUGACAAUGAUAUACAACAAGUUCUUUGUUGACAAACUGGUUGACUGGGAGGAUGGACCUGAUCCAGCAAGAUCUAAAGUUGAGAAGAAUUUCGUGCUGACUUUUUUCACAAGUUAUAUGCCUCUUUUCAUCACUUUAUUCUUUUACCUACCUCUAGGCUACAAGGUUACUCCAGAAUUGAGAGCGAUAAUCGCAGAGUGGAGUUUUAUGUUGCACAUCCCUGUUAAUGGUUUUAAAGCAAACGUUACCGACGAAGAUUUCAUCAUUGACGUUAAGCGUUACAGGAAUCAAUUUUUCUACUUUAUCGUGACAGCUCAAGUCAUAGCGGUUGUUAUGCAAAAUUUGUUACCAAUUGCCACUGAUAAAAUCUUACCACUGUUGAAGAAAAAGGAAAAUCAGAAUGGCGAGGAUUUGAAUAAGGUCUUGACUUCUACAGUUAAGUCGUAUUUCCCCCGUGAAGUGCCGCUGUGGCAGAAGGUCAACUCUUACCAUAUCAAUGGUUACGGUGAAUUUGACGUGGAUGAAAAUUUCAAGAAACUUGUGAUUCAAUUUGGGUUCUUGACAAUCUUUUCCAUCAUUUGGCCGCUAGCGCCGCUCGUAUGUCUCAUCUUCAACUUCUUCAUCUUCAAAGCCGAUCUAUGGAGAGCUUUGAAGAAAUGCAAGCCUUCCUCCAACCCUGAAGAUAUCCAGGUGAAUGAAAAUAACGUUAACGCGGUUGCAGUGUCUGCUGAUCCCUGGAACCGCAUUUUAGAACUCAUUGCUUGGGUUGGUACCACUGCUUGUCCCACCUUGCUGAUAAUGUACAGAUACUCUGGCUUGCCAGGUGUCGGGCUUCAAACAAAGUUGGAGAAGCGUGAUUUAUGGUAUAGGCAAUCUCCAAUGCCAUACUCUUGGACUACUAUUUUAAUCAUUGCAAUUCUUUCUGAGCAUGCUGCCGUACUGUCAUAUGCGUAUUUGAGAAAACUUUUCGUUGCUUCUGGACAAAAGCUAACUCAUGGCUUUGUCCCCGCUACCGAUUUGCAAGAGCCGCCACAAAUUGAUCUAACUGUCCUGGUGAAAGAAACAACUUCUUUUAUGAGUAAAAUAAGGGGUGAUGGGAAUAAUUCAGGAACAGUCGACAAGGGAAGACAGAAUGAGAAAUCAACUAUCUCGAAAAAUACAGCUACUUUUUUUAACCAAAAACCAGAAGAGCCACUGGCAAAGAAAGUGCCCACAAAUCGAGAAUUAAAAACAGCUGAGCAGCCAAGAUCUAAUGAAGAUUCGAGCGUAAAUGCAGCUUUAACAAGAGAUGUAGGAACUCGUUCUGACGCUGUUCCUAAGCCUCAGGCUGUCGCUAAUGUGGCUCCAAAGACUGCUGUACCUGAUCAGGCCAACGGUGGUUACAAGAAUGAGCCUCAACAAAGAGCGGAGCAAAAUGUUAACGGAAAGGAAGUUAGCCCAGAGACGACUUCUACACAGGACACGGCUCAAAAUUCACUCGAUCAAGUAAAAGGUAAAAACUUGCCUAAUGGAUUCUCCGGUGCAGCUGGUGCUACAUUACCUGAAACUAUCCCAACUUCCAAAAAUUACUACUUAAGAUACGACAAGGAUGGUAACCCAGUUAGAUCUCUCAGCUCUGCAGAAACAAGCAAAUCGUCACUUUCCAAGGAGCGGGCCUUGCCAGAAGAAGCAAAGAAUGAACCAAUAAAACAACCAAAGCAAGAACUACAGCAAGAACCACUGAAAGAAAAUAACAUCCCCGUUCCAAAAGAAAAUACACAUGUUAGCGAAGUGACUCCAGAAAAACAUAGAGAUGCUAAACCGGCGGAAGACCAGCAGGCGUUCGCAAGUGAACCACGUUCUCUCGACCCUGCCAAAACCAUAACCUCCCUACCACAAGUUCAACCAGUACAUGAGGAAGAUGCGAGAUAUUCGCCAAGUAAACCAGACCCAGACUCCUCACUAGCUGCGGCAGCUGCGGCAGCUGCAGCUAAGGCUGACCAGUCUAGUCAUUCUCGUACAUCUUCUAAAGUCAAUGCGGUUCAACAAUUUGGUCGCGACAACCCUACAUUGGUCAAGUCUACGAACACUACCGAAACUUCAGGUGCAUCUCAUGGAAGAUCCUCUUUUGAACGCGCCAAUAGUGUUAAGUCAAAAGCUGCUCCUUCAACUGACUCUCGAUCGAGUGCUGGCGCCAGAAAAAGUACAUUAGGAACUAAAAGGGCAUCAAUCGAUAGCAUUCCAAAGGACUCUGCAAGCAAACAUACAGAGCACAAACCCAAGCAUAAAAAAGGGCUACUGCAUAAAUUGAAGAAGAAAUUAUGA